AUGGACCACCAACAGCGUGGUGUAGCACUCAUCUUCAGCCACAAGAACUUCGACGUUCGUCAACAUCCGGAUGGGGAUUACCAGCCAACUGCGAGAGAGGGCACAGACGCCGACAGAGACGCACUUCGCCUCACAUUUGUAAUGCUCGGCUUCGAAGUACUCUGCUUCAACGAUAGGAGUCAUGAGGAAAUAACCAGUGAACUCAGACAUGUGGCGGAGCAGGACCACGACAGUCGCGACUGCGUUGCAGUGGCGGUUCUCUCCCACUGCGGGAGGGACGGGCAGCUGAGCGCCAGAGACCGCGAGUACCACGUCAGCGAGCUGUGGCAGCCGUUCGCUCCCAGGCGCUGCCCGAGCCUCGACGGGAAACCCAAGCUCUUCUUCAUACAGGCAAGUAGAGGACGGGGCCUUGAUCUCGGCGUGAACAUAAGCAACAUCAUUACCGACGCCCCGGACGCGGGCCAUGGUCCUUACGCCGACAUACUAGUCUCGUACUCUGCAUUUGAAGGUGUCACAGCCGCCGGUGAAGCACAAAAUGCCUCGCGGUUUGUGCAGACUCUGCACGACGAACUGGUAGCCCAUAGGAGAGGCAAAGACCUGGUGUCGUUGCUCACAGACGUGAACCGCACCGUGGCUCAGCAAGUACGCUUACGCACCGACAGGGAGCAUCUGUUGCAUGGCAGGCUGCUUCAGCCCUGCUUCACCUCAACCUUGACGCGCCGUGUCUACUUCCGCUAG